GUGAAAACUUCUGCGUGUCUUGCUGCCGAGCGAUCUGUUGAGCAAUCUUGCUGAAAUCGUUACAUGCUACUUUUUAUUCCCUGCGCGCCCGCUGUAUAUUGCCUUGCCAGAGGAUUGUGGUAAUGGAAGAAGCUAUGCUCGAUGAUGUCAUAGACCGCCUGUUGGAAGUCCGGGCUGGGCGUCCUGGGAAGCAAGUCCAAUUAACAGAGCAGGAGAUUCGUCAACUCUGCCUCACAGCGAAAGAAAUCUUCAUGUCUCAGCCGAAUCUCCUGGAGCUUGAAGCUCCCAUUAAGAUAUGCGGGGACAUCCAUGGACAGUACUCUGACCUCUUGCGGCUUUUUGAGUAUGGUGGCUUUCCUCCCGAGGCCAACUAUCUCUUCCUGGGAGACUAUGUUGAUCGCGGGAAACAAAGCCUGGAGACAAUCUGCCUCCUUCUGGCCUACAAGGUCAAGUAUCCGGAAAAUUUCUUUCUUCUUAGAGGCAAUCAUGAGUGUGCAUCGAUAAACCGCAUUUAUGGGUUCUAUGAUGAAUGCAAGCGGCGGUACAAUGUGAGGCUCUGGAAGACCUUCACUGAUUGCUUCAAUUGCCUACCUGUGGCUGCACUGGUGGAUGAAAAGAUUCUCUGUAUGCAUGGUGGCCUCUCUCCAGAAUUGAAAUCGCUGGAGCAAGUGAAGCGCAUUCCUCGCCCAACAGAUGUCCCAGAUACAGGCUUGCUGUGCGAUCUGCUAUGGGCAGACCCCGACAAAGAAAUUCAGGGCUGGGGUGAAAACGAUAGAGGCGUUUCCUACACAUUUGGGCCUGACAGUGUGUUGGACUUCCUUGCUAAGCAUGACUUGGACCUGAUCUGCCGAGCACACCAGGUGGUGGAGGAUGGCUAUGAGUUCUUUGCUAAGCGACAGCUUGUCACCAUAUUCAGCGCGCCCAACUACUGUGGUGAAUUUGAUAAUGCUGGAGCAAUGAUGAGCGUGGAUGAGACACUCAUGUGCUCUUUCCAGAUCCUGAAGCCGGCGGAAAAGAAGCAGCGCUUUCUUCCUCCAGUUGUGCGCAAGCUAUAAAUGGCUGGGCAAAGUACUCCGAAAUGCAGCAUAGCAGGUAGUUGGUUGCCGACUGUUGGCAUAAAAAGUUGUGUUGACUCUCUUUAGGUUCCUCUUAUCUGUCUUCAUAGAAGGCUGAUCAGACGAAGGUUGAAAGCUGGGAGCAUCGAGGAUGGCGGUGACGGGCACAUUCCAUGACGUUCAAGCUAUGAUAUGCUUUGAUGUUCGCAUAUCAUUUUCUAUAAUAUGCUGCAGAACUUGUUUUGCCCAUGCGCCUGACUAUGACUGGUCAUUUGACGUCGGGUGUACUGAUUUCAAAAACUUAUGAGAGUGCUUCUUCAAGAAAGUUGAUUCUCCCUAAUGUCACGUUCAAUAUAUUCAAUAUAUAUUGCGCAUGCGUCCGACAAUCAUUGUUAGUCAUACAUGAUCUAACGCUACUUGUGUAAGUAGCCUACUGAGUCAACUUGUGUCCGCUUAACUUCACUGAAGACGCCCACUGGGCGUCCCUUAACCCGGCUACCAAGGUAAGUAUGCAGCAAAAAUAGUAUAUAUCUGCACCAAUGUCGCCAAUCACUUCAAAGAUCUUCAAAGAUUGUCAUAUGAAAUCCACACAAUAUUCAGGACUGUGGCGCGCGCCACGCGCACGCAAAUGUCUCAGGCCGCGGGCUUCUGAAUUUUCUGAUGCGAUUGCCAGCAGCGCUGUCCUGUAACUAAUAGCACUAUACUGCUGCCAGACAUUUAUCGAUGAAUGGUGGAUCAAGCCUGAAGCUCAAUGUCCUAGGGGAGCCCUCCAAGGUGUUCAAGUCACUGUGAGCAACCUAACACAGGGUAGCAGUGUCACACUUAUACGGUAUUCAAGAACCACCACAAACACGGUCCAGUUGCUAGCUAUGGAUCGAUAAGCACUAGUGUUCUGGUUUUCAGCUUGAGCUACUGCCGCUGUACAGUGUACACAGGGCCAUGGCUGGCAUGAAUUUUGAGGACCAGACUCAGGCCACUGACUGCUCAAUGAGGAUUCACAUAUAUAACUUGAAUAUUGAGCAUGAUGUUCUGCACCUUGUCGGACAGCGCGCGACAAGACGCCAGGUUGUACUGCAUCAUGUAUGGCAGUAUGCAUUAUUCUCAAAUAG